AUGUUUUGGAUGUUUUUUGUUUUACUGAUAUUUUCUACUGGUGAUUGUAUUCUUAUUGGUAAAAGAGAUAAUAAUAUAUUAAUUGGUAAUAUAUAUAAAUCAUUAUGGAAUAUAACGCAAAGUCAGUGUAUAUGUGAAAUGAUGAAUUCAAAUGGAAUAAUAUCAACAUUAAAUUAUUUUUCAAUAAAUCAAACUUGUCAAUUAUUUUAUACAAAUGACAGUUCGAUUUUAAUUGCAUUUAAUCUUAAUUCUUCUUUGAUAUUUAUGAAUCAAUCAGCGAUAUACAUGUCACUGAAUCAAAUUACAUCAACAUCACCUUCAUCAUCAUCAAGCACCUCAUCAUCAUCAAGCACAUCAUCAUCAUCAAGCACCUCAUCGUCAUCAAGCACAUCAUCAUCAUCAACAACAUCGUCGUCAUCAAGCACAUCGUCAUCAUCAACAACAACAGCAGCAGCACCAGGAUGGACAACAACAGGAAACAUGAGUUUUGCACGGGAAUGGCAUACUGCAUCCGUAUUAGCAAAUGGAUCAGUGUUAGUUGCUAGUGGAAUUGGUAGUGCUGGUGGUUAUCUUAAUAGUGCUGAAGUAUACAAUUCAUCAACAGGUAUUUGGGCAAUCACAGGAAACAUGAAUUUUGCACGGCAAUAUCAUACGGCAUCCAUAUUAGCAAAUGGAUAUGUAUUAGUUACUGGUGGAUCCAAUGGCACUGAUCUCAACAGUGCUGAAUUGUAUAAUCCAUCAACAGGCACUUGGACAACCACAGGAAGCAUGAAUGUCGCACGAUUUUAUCAUACAGCAUCCAUUUUAACAAAUGGAUCAGUAUUAGUUACUGGUGGAUCUGGUAGUGCUGGUUCUCCCAAUAGUGCUGAAUUGUACAAUCCAUCAAUAGGCACUUGGACAACCAUAGCAAACAUGAGUAUCGCACGAAGUUUUCACACAGCAUCCAUAUUAGCAAAUGGAAAAGUAUUAGUUGCCGGUGGAGCUGGUAGUGGUGGUUUUCUCAAUAGUGCUGAGCUUUAUUAA